AUGAGCCGAACUCGAAAUCGACCUCUUGUCCGCAACCUCAUCUCCAAAAAGACAGCUCUCCUCUUCGCAGCGGCCGCCGCAGCUACCGGCAUAGGAGCUCUCUACCUCGGCGUGAACCCCACCGUGUCCUUCCUCGGCGCCGCCAAUAUUGUACUGUACGCAGGCGUCUACACGCCCAUGAAGCAGCUAUCGUGGCUCAACACCUGGGUCGGGGCCCUCGUCGGCGGCAUCCCCCCGCUGAUGGGCUGGGCAGCGGCGGCCGGCGAGUCCGCGACCGGCGACGGCACGUUCCGCGAGCUUCUCUUCGCCUCGGACGGCUCCAGCCUCGGCGGCUGGCUGCUCGCGGGGCUCCUCUUCGCGUGGCAGUUCCCGCACUUCAUGGCGCUGUCGUGGCCGAUUCGGGAGGAAUACAAGGCCGCCGGCCUGAAAAUGCUGUGCUGGGUCAACCCGGCGAGGAACGCGCGUGUCGCUCUUAGGUAUAGUCUUGUAUUCAUCCCCAUAUGUCUGGGCCUCUGCGCGACGGGGGUUACGGAGUGGAGCUUUGCGGUGACGAGCUUGCCCAUAAACCUGUGGCUUAUACGAGAGGCUGUCAAAAUGUGGCGUUUUGAAGGACACAAGGGCUCGGCAAGAAGUCUGUUCUGGGCGAGUGUGUGGCACCUGCCUGCCGUGAUGGUGCUGGCCUUGUUUCAGAAGAAGGGCAUGUGGCAAAGGGUAUGGAGGAGCGUGAUGGGCGAGCCCGAGGAAGAAGAUGAUGAUUGGGAAGAUGACGAGGAUUCCCUGCUGCCCCUUCCGGCGCCUACGCCUCACGGUGACCUCAAGAGCUGA